UCGCCGGGCCGUGUGGGUCCUGUCUGCAGUGAGCCCCGCAGCACCCCGGGUCUGUGCCAGCACCUGUUGGACAGCCAGCUGGCGGCCCGGCCGGCGCGAGCGGCCACGGCCGAGGCUGCCCCUCCCAGAGGUGCCGACCCCCUGGCACCCCCUCGGCAGCCCGCGGGACCGCAGCUCGGCCUCCCCCGCUCCGCCAGAGCUCGGCCCACGGCCCCCACCUCCCGACAGCCGCGGCAGGGGGAAGGUAGAGAAGGGGAGGGGACAAGCCAGAUCCUCCCGGCCGCCCGGCCUUCCCUCUCCGCCCCGCGCUCUCCGAGACGCCGCGCGGAGCCCCGAGGUUAGCGCCGAGCGCCAGGCGUGGGGGAGGGGACGGGGCCCGACCGGAGCCCCGCGGCGACCCGGAGCUGCCCAACUUUCCUGGGCUUGGAGGAGCCGGGGACUCGCCCGCACAAGGUGAACUUUGGUCGCGGAAAACUCAAGCCAGGUGCUGGGAUCCGUGCUUUGGCGGUGUGGACGCGCGCACAGUGCGCGCGGAGCUGCGAGUCAGAGUACCUCGGCCCCCUCCACUCGCUCCGGGCCGCCUGGGCCCGCAGCCCCCGGCCCCGCUCCGGCGCCUGGGCCCGGGGGACCAGCGCGGCGCCCUCGUCUGGUUUCCUCCCCCUCCCCCUUCGGGGGUGGGGGUGGGGCGGGGAGAGGGGCGCCCGGAGAGCCACCUCUAUUGGCAGCUUUGUUAUUGAUCAGAAACUGCUGGCUGCGGAACUGGCUUCCAGACUGACUUGGCGCGACCCUUGAGUUUUCGCCUCUGUCCAGGCCCCCCAACUGACAGGUGCUCCCAGCAACUUGCUGGUGACUUCUUGCCGCUCCCCCGGCUCCCCCGCGUCCCCACCCCCUCUUUCCUCCCUCGCCUUCACCCCCACCCCCACCACUUCGGCACAGCUCAGGAUUUGUUUAAACCUUGGGAAACUGGUUCAGGUCCAGGUUUUGCUUUGAUCCUUUUCAAAAACUGGAGACACAGAAGAGGGCUCUAGGAAAAAGUUUUGGAUGGGAUUAUGUGGAAACUACCCUGCGAUUCUCUGCUGCCAGAGCAGGCUCGGCGCUUCCACCCCAGUGCAGCCUUCCCCAGGCGGUGGUGAAAGACUCCGGAGUCGCCGCUUCCCAAGUGCCCGCCGUGAGUGAGCUCUCGCCCUACUCAGCCAAAUGCUCCUCUUCGGGCUUCUCCUGCUGACAUCUGCCCUGGCCGGCCAGAUUCACGGGACUCACGCUGAGUCCAACCUGAGUAGUAAAUUCCAGUUCUCCAGCAACAAGGAACAGAACGGGAGGAACUAUACCCAAGCAUCUGGACUGGCAUAGAAAAGAGGAGAAAGAACAUUUAAAAGGAGUACAAAAUCCCCAGCAUGAGAGAAUUAUUACUGUGUCUACAAAUGGGAGUAUUCACAGCCCAAGGUUUCCUCAUACUUACCCAAGAAAUAUGGUCUUGGUAUGGAGAUUAGUAGCAGAGGAAAAUGUGUGGAUACAACUUACAUUUGAUGAAAGAUUUGGGCUGGAAGACCCAGAAGAUGACAUUUGCAAGUAUGAUUUUGUAGAAGUUGAGGAACCCAGUGAUGGAACUGUAUUAGGGCGCUGGUGUGGUUCUGGUCCUGUACCAGGAAAACAGGUUUCCAAAGGAAAUCAAAUCAGGAUAAGAUUUGUAUCUGAUGAGUAUUUUCCUUCUGAACCCGGAUUCUGCAUCCACUACAACAUUGUUAUGCCACAACUCACAGAAGCUGUGAGUCCUUCAGUGUUACCCCCUUCAGCUUUGCCACUGGACCUGCUUAAUAAUGCUGUAACCGCCUUUAGUACUUUGGAGGAUCUUAUUCGCUAUCUUGAACCAGAUAGAUGGCAGCUGGACUUAGAAGAUCUAUACAGGCCAACUUGGCAACUUCUUGGCAAAGCUUUUGUUUUUGGAAGAAAAUCCAGAGUGGUGGAUCUGAACCUUCUAAAAGAGGAGGUAAGAUUAUACAGCUGCACACCUCGUAACUUCUCGGUGUCCAUAAGGGAAGAACUAAAGAGAACCGAUACCAUUUUCUGGCCAGGUUGUCUCCUGGUUAAACGCUGUGGUGGAAACUGUGCCUGUUGUCUCCACAACUGCAACGAAUGUCACUGCGUCCCGAGCAAAGUCACUAAAAAAUAUCACGAGGUCCUUCAACUGAGACCAAAGAUUGGUGUCAGGGGAUUGCAUAAAUCACUCACUGACGUGGCCCUGGAGCAUCACGAGGAGUGUGACUGUGUGUGCAGAGGGAACACAGGAGGAUAACCACAUCACCACCAGCUGUUCGCAGAGCUGUCAGGUGCAGCCAGCGGCUGAUUCUGUUAGAGAACUAAUGCAUUACCUGCAUCCAUAAUCCCAGUUGUUUGCUUCAAGGAUCUUCCAUCUGCACAAUUUACAGUGGGUUCUAAAGAGGAGACACCAAAUGGAAUUAUGAGUUGUGCAACAUCGCUUUUGAGAGGAGCCCAAAGGACAGGAGAAAAGGUCUUCAAUCAUGGAAAAAAAAUUAAAUAUUGUAGAUCGCUAGCUAGUUACCAUGUUCCUUUUCCACUUGCUGCAGUCUGUAUUCCCUAUGUCAUGAUAUGGCUUAGGUUAAUGUCAGGACAAGAAAAAGCUGCAAGUGAGUACCUGAUUCUGUUGCUCUGCUUAACUCUAAAGCUCCAUGUUCUGGGCCUAAUAUCACAGAAAAUCUGGAAUGUUUUCCCCUUAUACUUGCAUAUAUAAACCAGAACAUUUCAUGUUCUAAAACUUGGCUUUUAAAGAGGAACUAUGUUGCUAUGAAUUAAACUGGUGUCAUGGCUGAUAGGAAAGACUGGAUUUUCCAUGUUUCUUAUUAAAAUCUCUGCCAUUUAGAAGAAGAGAACUACAUUCAUGGUUUGAAAGAGGCAAACCUGAACAGAAGAGUGGCCUUAUCUUCACUUUAAGUUGGUUUAUUUGUUUUAUUGUGUACAUUUUUAUAUUCUCUUUUUUGACAUUAUAACUGUUGCCUUUUCUAAUCUUGUUAAAUAUAUCUAUUUUUACCAAAGGUAUUUAAUAUUCUUUUUUUAUGACAACCUAGAUCAACUAUUUUUAGCUUGGUAAAUUUUUUCUAAACAGAAUUGUUAUAGCCAGAUGAAUAAGGAUGAUAUAAAAUAUUGUUGCUCUGACAAAAAAAAAAUACAUGUAUUUCCUUCUUGAAUGGUGCUAGAGCUUAGAUUGACCUGCAUUUAAAAAUACAGAAGUAUGAAACCAAUAGGACUGGGAAGUCACAAUGACAUUUUGGAAAUAAAUUACCAUAUCUUCCACCCUGUUUAUUGGAUAUGCAAAUAAAAAAUAAAAUAUGAAAAGUGUAUAUUCAGCUCCAGUUCUUACUAAUUUAACCCUGUUUGGGGGGAAAUACGAACCCAGCUCAGAAGAACAGAAAGCACCUUGAUAAAAGAGACUGACAGCUUCUUGAUAAAGUGGGCUGUGGAGUAGGAACACAUCCUAUUUAUUGUGAUGCUAUGUUUUCAAUACCUUUAAACUCUGUUCCAUACGCUUGUAUAAAUACCUGGAUAUUUUUAUGUACAGAAGUAUAUCCUUUAACCAAUUCACUUAUUGUACCCUUUUGCAAUUGAAAAGAAAAUCAGUAAAACACUCUGCUUGUAAAAUGCUUAAUAUUAUGCCUAGAAUAUGUGGUGACUAUUUGAAUUAAAAAUGUAUUGAUUCAUCAAAUAAAAGAAUGUGGCUAUUUUGGGGUGAAA